UCAGUGUCUGAUGAUGAAUUUCCCCAUGAAUCAUUAUCACUCAGUUCUAAUUUACUAUCGCUGUUCUCUAGCUGGUCUAAAAUCGUUUUUGACCUAAAGGGACGCUUUUUGGACGCCAUGGACUUUUCUCAGUUUCCAGGCAGAAAGAACAGUAAAAAUGCAGACAGAGCACAGGACAAAGCACUAGGGACAAAAUGUAUGUGAAAUGGUUUUAUAUAGUAAUGUUAUACUAUGAGAUUUUAGUGUAUUGACAAAAAUGACAUUUUUUAAAAAAUUCAAAUUUUCCCCGCCGGUUCCGUCGCGCCGUACGUCCGACGUCACAGGGACCGGAACACAGAAGCCGGAUUCCGGCAUCGGCGGAGGAGAUGGCCGGGGACGCUGGAGAGGACACA